GGUUGGCGAGGUGAACGAACUUGCGUUGUCCCCCUAGGUGUCAUCACAACUGUCACACACUGUGUUAAGUUGACAAGACGCUCUCUCUUUCCCUUAUUUACAGAUCGCGCAACCCCUGAGCUCCCUGUCAUCUCACCUCUCCAGUUCUUGUAUUCCGGAACAUAGUAGUAUUUGUUCCCGAACCGGUCUGUGCCGACUUGCUCCUUCGCUUCCUUUGACAGCGCUCUCCAUAAGGCACGCAACAAAUCCUGAGACCAACCCAUGCAGUCCGCCCGGCUUUCAGCGCGAAUCUCAGACGGAUCUGCGGGGACUCAAGCACACACGCUCUCCAGCCGCAGACCCCGCCCACCAGCUUUAUCCUCACGCCCUUCUAGUAACGGCACUCACCAUUGGUCGGAUGUCAUCUGGCGUAACCAAUGGGAGACUCCACUGGUACAGCCUCUGCGCUCUGUCAUGGCGGCGUCCAGUGUUCAAGCAGAUGUGAAGGAACAGGAUGUUAGGGUUUUUGUCAGCGCGACAGGCCGGUUUGGACGACCCUCUUCGCCUCCGGAGAGCGGAGUCCACUCGGAGGGUUUUGGGACUGGAGUUAAACAAAGACAGAGAUGUUGAAAGGAUCCAUGGCAGUGGAGUUAACACCCUUGACAUUGAACCUGUUGAAGCAAGAUACAUGUUAUCAGGUGGUUCAGAUGGUGUGAUUGUACUUUAUGACCUUGAGAACUCCAGCAGACAACCUUAUUACACAUGUAAAGCAGUGUGUUCCGUUGGCAGAAACCACCCUGAUGUUCACAAAUAUAGUGUGGAGACUGUACAGUGGUAUCCUCAUGACACCGGCAUGUUCACAUCAAGCUCAUUUGAUAAAACUCUGAAAGUGUGGGAUACAAAUACCUUACAAACUGCAGAUAUAUUUAAUUUUGAAGAAACAGUUUAUAGUCAUCAUAUGUCUCCAGUUGCCACCAAGCACUGUUUGGUAGCAGUCGGUACUAGAGGGCCCAAAGUACAACUAUGUGACUUAAAGUCUGGAUCCUGUUCCCACAUUUUACGGGGUCACAGACAGGAAAUAUUGGCAGUUUCCUGGUCACCACGUUGUGAAUAUGUCUUGGCAACUGCAAGUGCUGACAGCAGAGUAAAAUUAUGGGAUGUCAGGAGAGCAUCAGGAUGUUUAUUUACUCUUGAUCAGCAUAAUGGAAAAAAGUCACAAGCUGUUGAAUCAGCCAACACUGCUCAUAAUGGGAAAGUUAAUGGCUUAUGUUUUACAAGUGAUGGGCUUCACCUCCUUACUGUUGGUACGGAUAAUCGAAUGAGGCUCUGGAAUAGUUCCAAUGGAGAAAACACACUAGUAAACUAUGGGAAAGUUUGUAAUGACAGUAGAAAAGCAUUGAAAUUCACUGUCUCCGAUGGCUGCAGUUCAGAAUUUGUUUUCGUGCCAUAUGGUAGCACCAUUGCUGUUUAUACAAUUUACUCAGGAGAGCAGAUAACUAUGCUUAAGGGACAUUAUAAAAGUGUUGACUGCUGUGUAUUUCAGUCUCAUUUCCAGGAACUUUAUAGUGGUAGCAGAGACUGCAAUAUACUUGCUUGGGUACCAUCCUUAUAUGAACCAGUUCCUGAUGAUGAUGAGUCUACAGCGAAAUCCCAGUUAAAUCCAGCAUUUGAAGAUGCAUGGAGCAGCAGUGAUGAAGACGGAUGACCAUCAGUCCUGAGUACCUCUGGGUCUCUCUCCUGACGAAACUUUUAAAAUGCAACUGUUUUUUGUUGGUACUGUUUUCUUCUUUACUCUCCAGUGACAGCUAAAUUAGCCCUGAUUUUGGGUAAUUUUUAUCCCCCGUAUUUUAAAAUGAGGCUAUUAUUUGCAUGAAAUCCUGAAGCAGACUUUUUUAUAGUUCAUUUAAUCAAAACAUGUCUCCUUGAUCUCAUUUGCUGGGGCCUGGGGCAGUCCCUGGUGUUACAAUACUCCCUGUAUGCUAAAUCCUCUCUAUUGGGACAGGUCCUGGCAACCCACUGCCCACCCCCUUGUGGGACCUUGAGCACACUGUGUAAACCAUCAGAUGCAGCUUUUGGAGGAUGACCAAGUAGAGGUUAUCAGCACUGACUUUCUCCUACUGGCUGUGCCGUCACCUUGUGCAUUUUCACUUUCAGGAUGCUUUUACUUAGAAUGGUCAUAUUUUAUUGUCUCCUCUUCUUGUGUAAUAACCCACAAGUGGUUAUCAUGAAGCUGAUCUUAAUCCCUUUCCUUCUGAUUCUCAUUAGCAGACUAGGAAAGAGGGUUUUUAUAGCGUGAAUAACAAGUGUGCACGUGUUGAGUUUUUGAGUGUGUUAGGCCUCAUAUCAGACCCUUCUGGGCAAAUGUUUUACAUACAUUUACUUUAUAGUUGAUUUUCUUAAGGCCUGACCACUGUACUCUCAUUUUCCCCCCUUGGUGAGGAUGUGUAUGACCUUUGAGAAUGCUAUUAAAAUUGGAAUUUUUUUAAUUUAAAAAGAAGUCUUCCUCUAAGCCACAAAUAACUGUAUUGCUUCUUUCUAGUUCUGUACAUAUACAUGCUCAUUGUAAAUAAUUCACAUGACAUUUGAUGGGUCACCUGGAAUCAUAUCACCCUAAGGUUACCACGACUAACAUUUUGGUGGCCCUUCUUGCUUGCAUCUUUUUAUGACAUAAUUUGACAUAAUAGGAUGUUUGGCAUGUUGUUGCUAUCAUGGAAAUUCCUCUCCUCCCACAUGAGCACCUCUCUCCCAUCCCUGACAACAGUCCACAUUAUUAACCAAGUAUGUGUAUGUGUUCUUUCACACUACAAUCCUAUAUAAUCCUAUAUGGACCUAUAUAGACAUAGAUGAGGAAGUAUUUUUAUUUUGCAAAAAUGGAAUAUAUACAGUUCUGUCUUGACUUUUUUUCAGCUAUGGCUCAUAGAAAUCCUUGUCAUUUGGUAUAAAUAAGCAUGUUAUAUAUA